GUCUAAGGAUGACACACGCUAAAAUCGGAACUGGCGCAAUGCCGGCACUGGCCAGCGGUCGUCCACACCACCAGACUUGGACCUGGGUGACCUUGCUAGCGCCCAUGUGCCCGACUCGCUUCAAACGGGGUGCCUUGACCAGGUUUAGUCCCACGCGUCACGGUGUGCAUAUGCCUGUGCGUGUGGGUUCCAGCAGCAGGUAGGCAUACCGUACACCCAUGGUCACAUGAUGACACGCAUCAUCCCGCCCGCACGAACACGCACACUCGGCGAUACGGCAUGCUCGUUCCCCCUGCUGUGGCCCUUUCUUGGACCAGGCCCUGUCUCGGACUCAACAAUUCACGAGCGGAUCUAGCUGCGCAGACAUCUUUAAGCUCCACUGGUGCUCCGAGCGGAAUGGCAACUUGCAUACAGCAGCACGCCACCGCCGCCCGCAGUAGUGGGGUCGAGAGGCGGCAGCGGCAACAGCGGCAGUAACAGCGACAGCCAGCACACAUGGCAAACAACGGCCGUCAACUUUGCUCUGGCGGUGGAAUGCACGCAGUCUUCUGGCCGCCCGGGCGAAUUCCUUCGGAUACCUCCACCGUCUUCCGGGUGUGCCUUCGUAGCGGCAGCAGUACCGCCAGCCGCAGUAGUGGAGCCGACGGCACCAGCAGUAGUAGUGGCCCGGCCGGCGGCGCGGACGCGAGUGGUGCCGUGCCCUCUCUGCGUGUGAGGCUUGUGGUGCUGCGUGGGGGUGUGUCAGUGGCGGCCGCCACCCGCCUCUUCAAUGCCACCGCCAUGGCGGCGCUGAUGCAGCCGUCACCUCCUGCUGCCGCUGGCACCACGGCGGCGCCGGUGGCGGCGGCGCAGCAGGACACGGCGGCGGCGGCGCAGCAGGACACGGUGGCAGCGUGCACUGCCACGUCAGUGGGCCUCAUCACAACCUUUCCCUGGGCCCCGGCGCUGCCGCCCCCCUCCCCUUACGCUUCCUCCGCAAGCGGUACUGGAACCCCUGCGGCACGCACCGGCGCCGCUUCGCUGGCUGCGGCGGCGGCGGCAGCAGCGGCACUUCGCGGGAACAGUGGUGGGAGCAACACGGCAGCGGGCGAGGGCUCGACGCCACUGACCUUUCCCGAGGAGCAGCAGCACAGUGGAGCAGGGCCGGAUCCAGAGGCCGUCGGGGACACGCGUACUGGAGGUGUCGAGGGCGCCCUCGCUAUUCUCAACAACACCAGCAGCCGCCGCGGCGGCGUCCAAAGCCUGGAUGGCUUUGUUUCAGCAAAUCGUACGGCAACAGCUGCAGCUGCGGAGGCUGCUGCUGCAUGGCGGGACGAGGUGGCCGCCCGCAAGUAUUGGGUCGUGUUGUCCGUCCUGGCGUCCAUUGCCGCUGUGGGUAUGGCGGUGGUGGCCAUUGCCCUGGGAAGCAGGCUAUGGCGGCGGUGGCCCAAAGCAAGGGUAGCCGUAGACCAGCCGCCGCCAGGACCAGCAGCGGUAUUAACGAACCAGACUGCAACCGCCGGUCAUGCCCCUGCUACUGCGGCUCCUGUCAGUACUGCUGACGUUGCUGCGAGGGUUGGUAUAGCCCCAGUUCAUGCAGGGGGUGGUGCUGCUGUUGAGGGCGAUGCGCCUGCUACAGCCACUGUGCGCAGCAGCACUUCAUCAGGCGAGGGGGUUCUCGUGUCCACACAUGCCGCGGCGCCAGCUAGCGGCGCACGUGGUGGCUGUGGCCCGCCCAGUACCGGGGGGGGAUACCCCAAGCGGUUACACGCAAGCAUGCCGCUGUUCUAAUGCUGGUAUUCACUAAUGUUUCUAAGUUUCAAGCGGCUGCGGCGGCUGCGCGGCAAGUUUGUCUAUACUGUGUUUGUCCGCCUUAAGAUGGAAGGGAAUAAGGGUGGCACGUAUUAGCAAGCACGGGAAGCGGCUGGGAAAGGCAAAUAGCUUAAACGGCUCGUCUUGCAAACUUGCACGCACGGGGCUGGGGCUAGGGCUUUGCGCGUACAUAAUCAUGUGUUCAUUUGCGUGGGUGCUACGAGAAGUCGAGAACCAAACUGAUGAGUGAACGUAUGUGGGGACUGCACCACAAGCAUCGGGUAGGAGCGAGCGCACACAUUACCGGGUAUGGAGCGAGCGCACACAUUAAAAUUUGGAGUGAUGCACUUUCAUAACUGCAUGAAGCGGCAUGAGGCGGCAUGACACGCACACACGUGACACGAUGGCCAAGCCCGGCACGCCACACGGUGGUAGAUGUACUGGUAUGUAUUCCAUGACUUUACACACAGACCUUAUGCACACAGAUGACAGGUGCAUAUGACCUUACCAUUGUGGAGGUGCACGCAUUGAGAUUUAGCCAGCAUUUAUUCCAGCAUAGUACUGAUCGAUAACGAAGAUGAACUGCAAUUGCGUAUUAGAGAAGGCACGAUGCCGUCCGUGCAGCUUACGAUAAUCUCAGCACAUUCCGAUGUGUGGUGUUUGGUGUGUGUCGUGAAGGAAGGGAGAGGGUUGACACGGUGUUUGCCCAGUGCGCAAGCAAGCCUUCGCGUCGCAGUCUGUAUACUCCGGGUGCCCCCUUUUGAUUGCCGCGAGGGCACGCUAGGUUUAAACGGGGUUUCGAGGUGGCAAAGGAGCCCCAAAGACGGUACUUAGACGUUCAUGUUGUUCCCCUCACCGGGUGACCAUUUGUUUCAGAGAUCCCAUCAAGGGAAGGAACAUGUCUGCAGGGCGGUGCCGUGCAGUGUGACGCUCUGUGGGGAUGGUCUUUUCAGGUCGUGAUGAACGGGCACAAGCGACCUGCAUCACUGCAGACUGGCGGCGGCGGCGGCGGCGGCGGCGGCGGCGGCGGCAGCGGCGGCGGCGCGUGCGCGCAUCCUGGUAGCGGAGGGGGCGGGAAAGGCCACGUGGAGGAGGAGAGCGCAGCGCCGCCCAAGAAGCGGCGCAAGCGCGCAGGCUGAGGAGCCGGCUGGUGUCUAGGUAGCGGUCCGCGGUGGGGCUGGCAGAGCAUGCGUAGCGGCAUGACAAGUAGUGCGGCUGUUGACAACUGUGCUGCGUCGGGCUGCGGUUGGCUCUGCCUGGCAUCGCGAUUGCUAGGCACCAGGUUUGGCUAUGUGCCUGUGGAAACCGACCCCGGCUAUGU